AUGGACCUGCUCAACGACGACGAGUUUGAGAGCACCAUGAUGAUGCUGGACAACACUGGAGCCAUGGCGUCCUCCCCAUCGUCGGCGUUCCGAAGAUACGACCCCGACAGCCUGGAGUUGAACCUGACCGGGCUUAGCGACGCGUUCAACCCGCAGGACACGGAGUCUCCACUCGCCUCCGGUACCCAACACUCUUUGAACGCUGGAUCGAUCCUUUCCCCCGACCUGAAGGUUCGGAUCAGCGGCCGAACUCCCGUCGGUGGCGACGUGUACAUCAAGGAGGAGAGCGAGAUGCCCGACUUCUCGCCGGUCAUGGACGCGUUCCUGCGCGAGUCGUGGGAUGACAUCGUUGGUCCUGCAGGCACAAGAUCCGCGCGGUCGUCGCUCAAGGCGAUGAGUCCUUUCACGAUCUCGACCACCCCAGGGCGAGUCACUCCGAUGCCGUUGAACUACUUGCUCCCCACUCCAUCGCCACUCGGAGGUCAGGUGCUGCCCAAAGGUAUGAUGCCGUACUUCGCUCCAUCGCUGCCGCUACCCCCAGCUGCGCAGCGAACAGUCUCCAACGCGUCCACGUCUUCGACUCUGUCGUCGGCUUCGUCUACCAAGUCGAAGGGGACACGGCGAGCCAAGCCGUGUAUAGAGGAAGGAUGCACGCGUCGAGCGCAGUCGAACAACCGGUGUAAGACUCACGGUGGUGGUGCGCGGUGCCAAGUCGAGGGCUGCGACAAGAGCUCCCAAGGCGGAGGGCUGUGCCGCGCCCACGGAGGCGGCAAGAAGUGCCGUGUGCCAGGGUGCUCAAAGGGGACGCAGCGACUCGGUCUCUGCUACUUGCACGGAGGUAUCCGGCGCUGCAUCAUGGAAGGCUGCAAGAAGAAGGACCGUGGUAAUGGCUACUGCAUCGCACACGGUGGCGGUCGACGCUGCGAGGCUGAGAACUGCAACCGAUCUAUCAGCCGAGGCCAGAGUCUCACGUCUUCGUAG